UUGAGUGAUGCCUUUGUCAUAACAAACCCAAGGCUCCGCGACCAUCCCAUUGUCAUGGCUAGUGAUGGUUUCUCGAAGGUCACUGGAUACCACCACUCAACAAUCAUUGGACGCAAUUGUCGUUUCUUGCAAGGACCAGGUACUGCUCCACAGUCGGUCCAACGUAUCAGAGAUGCACUCAAUAAUGGCGUAUCGAUCACCGAGUUGCUCCUCAACUAUCGCGCAGAUGGAACACCUUUCUUCUGCCUUUUGAACAUGAUUCCUUUGCAUGAUUCGCAAGGCAAGAUAGCUUACUUCAUAGGUGGUCAAGUAAAUGUC